ACCGCCAGUCGUUUUUUCUCUCACAACCGCAAAGCCAAACACCAAGCUCCACACACAGCCAUGGACAACUUCUGCGGAAAAGACCUUUUCUUGCCAGAUAUUGUCCCCCUCAACCGUGAUACGCCAAUCCGUGCUGACGGUGACACCGAAGCGGAGGACGACAGCGGAAAGGGCCUUUGCUCGCCAAAGAUGGUUCCCCUGGAUCCCUAUACGUCUCCACUUUUGCAACUUGGCUUUACAAAUUGUAGCAAGGCUGAUCUUGAUUAUAUUCCUUUCGGCUGGGAACCUCCUGUUCCUCCUGGUGAAUGUUUGUUUUGUUUAAAGGUGGAUGAGCAUCCUUCUUCAGCCUGCCCUUACAGGAAGCGUGUCCCAAAGAAUGCAACAGUUGGCAGUGGUUGCGAUAUAGUUUGUUCGGCUUGUGAAAGACUCUGUGGAGGCAGCCGUUGUCACCAAGAUGAAGCAUAUGCAAUUUUCAAGGUGUGUUGUAUUUGUGGGAAGAUUGGUGAACACUGGCCUUCAAUGUGCCCAAGUCCACUCCGCCAGAAAGAUAUUUCUUUCAAUCGUGGCUUUAAUAGCUAUUAUCCGGGUAAUAAAGAAAGUCUGGCCUCUCAAUAAGGUCUGAGGUUUGCUUUGUUUUCGGGUUUGUGAGAACUUUUGUCAAUUGAAAUAGUAGAGAACGGAGAGUUUCUGGGACUCUAAAUUCAAAGCAAAUAUUUUUAAAACAUUAUAUGUUAAUUACUAUUUAACGAAUAUGUAUAUUUUAUUUUUUU